AAUUCGAAUCUAAUCUCCAAACAGUUGUAUUAAAAUAAUAAUAAUAAAUAAAGCUAAAAUUUUGAAGGUCGAAGGAACUCUUGGAGAUCAAUUCGUAGCAAAGAAGACGACGUCGUGGAUGAAUAAAAGCCACGAAAAUGUGCUCAAACUUCCGCCAUUGGUUCCAUGGCGGAACUUUCCUUUUCCAACCCCUUCACCAAGCCACCCUCUUUCUUCCCAAUGUAUAAAUCGGCAACCCUAAACUUCCAUCACUAGCAGUACCUAAAAUUCCCAAGAAAUGGGUUCGGUUUUCGGAAAGAUCAGCGUCGAAACUCCCAAGUUUGAGGUGAUUCAAUCCACCGCAGACUACGAAAUCCGCCUAUACGAACCAUCGGUGGUGGCCCAAGUCACCUACGAUCCCUCCCAAUUCAGGGGGAACAGAGACGGCGGCUUCACUCUACUCGCCAAAUACAUCGGAGCCAUCGGCGAGCCACAGAACACAAAGUCCGAGAAGGUGGCCAUGACGGCACCGGUCAUCACCAAGUCGGAGACCAUUCCGAUGACAGCGCCGGUGGUGACGGGCGGCGGUGGUGGGGAAGGGAAGCCGGUGACGAUGCAGUUCGUGCUGCCAAGCAAGUACAAGAAGGCAGAGGAAGCCCCUAAGCCGGCAGACGAAAGCGUUGUGAUUAGAGAGGAAGGGGAGAAGAAACUCGCCGUCGUGAAAUUCAGUGGAAUUGCGACGGAGGGAGUGGUGGCGCAGAAGGUGGAGAAUCUAAAACAGAGCCUGGAGAAAGAUGGGGUUAAGGUGAUUGGGGAUUUUGUGUUGGCUAGAUACAACCCACCAUGGACUUUACCUUCUCUCAGAACCAAUGAAGUUAUGAUACCAGUAGAAUGAUUUCUAGUGUUUAUAAACCAUUGUGUGAAUUGCUACUUGUUAUAUCAAAGAAUUUUCAGUUCCAAACAUGUAGUUUAGUUGCUCCGUUUUGAAUAAUACUCUCAUUUAGUUUUCUGGAUUACUCUAAA